GCUUUUCCACAUUUUCGGCGGGUGGGGGGGAGGAAACGUGACGCCCACGAGAGACUCCAACAUGCCGGUCACAAGCUGCUCUGCAGCCCCACCCUGGCCGGGCUUUCCAGGGUCAGCCUUCACUUCAGUAAACUUUUCACGGGACUCCGAGUGGAGUGAGCGCGCAGUCCACAGCAGCCAUGCACCGCAGUCAGAAAGACCACUUGUACAAAAUCCUCGUUAUCGGCGAUUUAGGUGUGGGCAAGACCAGCAUCAUUAAGCGCUAUGUGCAUCAGACCUACUCGACGAACUACAGAGCCACCAUCGGGGUGGACUUCGCCCUCAAAGUUCUCAACUGGGACUCGGAGACCGUGAGACUGCAGCUGUGGGACAUAGCAGGUCAGGAGCGCUUUGGGAACAUGACGCGGGUUUACUACAGAGAGGCCAUGGGGGCGUUCAUUGUUUUCGAUGUCACCAGACCCACAACAUUCGAAGCAGUCACCAAAUGGAAGGAGGACCUGGACUCAAAGUUGACACUUGCCAAUGGCAAAAGCAUUACCACUGUGCUUCUGGCCAACAAGUGUGACCAAAGCAAAGACAUUCUGGUCAAUAAUGGUCUGAAGAUGGACCAGUUCUGCCAAGAAAACGGAUUUGUGGGAUGGUUUGAAACCUCAGCCAAGGAAAAUCUAAAUAUCAAUGAAGCUGCAAAUUUCCUGGUCAAGCACAUCAUUGCCAGCGAGAACGAUAUUCUCAAAUCAGUGGUUCCCGACACCAUUUCCCCUCAGCUGACCACAACCACGAAGACGAGCUGCUCUGCAUGUUUCAGACCCUAACAUCUGGCCAACAGGUGGAUUCAGGCUCAGCAGCCGAGAAGGACUAAAAGACAGAUGUCCUUUUCUCCCACUAUGUCUGUAACCAUAAGACCUAAGCAGGACAUCAAAGAUAAGUGUGUAUGUGUGUGUGUGAAUGGAACACAAAGUCCAGUUACAUAUGAACGAAUACUUUGUAAGAGUACAGUUAUGUAUGUGCAACACAUGUCUGGUGUCAGCAUGUGCAGUUUUCACCUUGUGAUGUUUGAUUCCAGAUGGACAGAUAGAGAACAAUUUUGAAACACAGCUGAACAUUACAUUACACAUCUGUCCAGAAAUUGUUUGGGACUACUGAUCUGUUAUGUGUUUUACAUGUUGGUAUUUGUGUUUAAAUGUAUUGAUGCUGUGAUAAACAAAUGUUUUUCCACUCACUAUUAUUUUUUAGACUUGAGAAUGUAUAGAUUUCUUAAGUACAUACAGAACAUUUUUAGAUAAACUUUCAUCUUUAUGGUGCAUGAAGUGAAAAACUGCACCCCCUCUCUCUAUGUGUCUUUCUCUGUAGCUCUUUCCAUCUAUUUUCUGCAUUUUCCCCAUCUCUGUUUCUCUUUCUCACCCUUUCUCCAUGCUCCUCAGUGAUUCACUUUCUGACUCACUGCCAUUAUAUAAAUCUCCCAUGAAGCCCCUCUUCAGCACACACUUUUGUUCACAUCUUUAAACAUGGUUAUUGAUCUAAGUUCCUUUCUGUUCCACUGCCUGCUGAGUGCAAACCCUUUGCACUUUCACUUCGUACUAGUCUAUUGUCGUCUAUGUGGGAAGUAUUACAUAAUUUGAAAACACUUUAUCCCAAGUACUAAGUACAUUUUUUAACAGCAGACAUGUGCAUGUAAAUAUAAAAUAUUUUGUAUCUGGAUAAAUAAUAACGUUUAUUAAUAUUGCAUGAAUGCAUUGCAUUUUGGACCUAAAAUGGAAGAAAACUGUUUUGAGCAAAACGUUGUCUCUGGUUUGUUUCAUUACCCAUGCCACUUUUUUAUACUAGACAAAUCCCAUGCAUUAUUAUAGUUAACUCUAGUUAGGGUUUUUUUAUGUAAAUAUAAUAAUUCAAAUAUAAUUACUUAGUUUGCUUUUUACUUCUUCACAUUUAUUGGAGUGUAGUAUCCACUAUUUUUAGGUAUUCCAGAUAUAAAUGGAUUUAAUUGAAAUUGGCUAUUAGCCCACAACUGGUAAUUUUGAUAUCUGUUUUUGGACAAAUAACAAUUGUGCUAGUAUUCUGAUUAUACAUUUAUUAUAGCUGACAUCAGUGAGCUGACAUUUAGCUUUAUAUUCUUCAGUUCUAACUUUAUGCAUGGAACAGACAGAUGUUUAUAUUGAUAUUUGUAUGGAUUGAAGCACAGAAACAGUAGUGUAUGCUAAACUUAAACUGAAUUUGUGUUGCCAUAACCAGAAACAGCCUUGAGGAGAAUAAAAGCAAGAGUUCCUGUCAAUGGGAAGAGUACAUGACAGAACGUUGGUGGAAUUGCAGUGCAUUUUAGCAUAUUACUCAUAUUCAACCCAAGUCCUCUGGUAUCACCAUGACAACUGCUGAGCACAGAAGUAUAAAAGCUCUUUCUAUGAAGGUUGCAGCUCCUGCAACAUCCGCAUGAUUAAUAUUCUGCAAACCUGUGCAUGUUGUUGGUCCAUUGUUUCAGUAGUACCCUGGAAUUUAAAAAGAGCAAACUGACCAGACUGUGAAACUUUGACUAAAUUAGAAAAUGAAUGCCAAAUAUUGUUAGCACAAAUCACACAGAGGUGAAUCAUAGUGACUUGCUUGUGUUGUAAGACAAAUUCUCUAUUGAGGAACUUUGACAUGGAUUAUGUCCUUCUUCACACUGUGUGAAAGUAUCAAUCCAGUGAA